AUGCGCCCCUGUACCGCCUCCUCAUGCUGCUGCCAGGCCCGUAAUCUGCCAUGGGCCCCCGUACCGACUCCUCAUGCUGCUGCCAGGCCCGUAAUCUGCCAUGGGCCCCUGUACGCCUCCUCAUGCUGCUGCCAGGUCCAGAGUGUGUCAUGGGUCCCUGUACGGCCUCCCAUUGCUGCUGUCUCUAUCGCCACACUCUGCCAUGUGCCACUUUCAGGUCUCCUCACACUGCUGGUGGUUUCCAUUUUUGUCAUAGGGUGCUGUAUGGCCUCCCAUUGCUGCUGCCUCCACCGCCACACUGUGGCUCCACACUCUGGUUUUGGCCCCGUGACUGCCCAAAUGAGUGAAGUGUGCGGUGAUUCUAAGAUCGACGGCACUCAUCUGCAUGUCAUACUGCCUGACAGUAUUAUUUCUCUUCCCCAGCAGACUCCAAGGGCAUUUAAAUUAAAGGUACAGUGUUCAGCACUAAUAUUA